AUGUGGAAAGGAUUCGGUUGCGCACUUCUCUGCCUGGCUUUGGUCCAGGCGGCUGUUAUCCGUCCCGAAGGGGAUGCGGCGAGUCCGGAAACCACCACUAGUGUGGUUAUUGUGGACCAAGAGGGGGAUGUCACCACCGAGGAGGCCACCACUUUGGCGGGUCCUGCUUUGAGUCGCGAUGAGGAGGCCAGCAUAAUGAUUGAUCCCGCCCCGGGUACUCUACAAGAGGAUGGCGCCGUGCUGCAAGAGAAGUCCGGCAAGCUCCUGCUGCUCAGUACAUCCCCCAAGCGCCUGCAUGAGAACGAGCGGCAGCUGGAGGAGCAGGAUGACGCGGGGGAGGAGAACAAGGCCGAUGGGGAGGCCACCACAACCGAGCAGCCAAAGGAAGGCGUGGAGCAGAAGGAGGAGGAGGUCGGCCCAGAAAGUCCGACCACAGAGAGCAGCACAACUCCGGCCACGACCAAGCUGUUUGCCAUCGAUGCCACCCCGGCCGGAGUGGAUUCCCCGCCCCCGAACGUGGCGAUAUCCCUCUCCCAGGACAAUUCCAAUGCCACUGUUUCGAUUGCCGAGCAGCCGCAGGUGCCCGGCGACAAUAAUGCGGCCGUGGAGUUGGCCCUCGUGGAGUCGGAGGCCGAGUACGUGCUGGUGGACGGCAGCCACGACGACCUGGACCUCCAGCUAGCCAGCUUCACGCACAUCGACAGCGAUGUCCACUUGCAGCCGGUGGUGCAUUCCGUCGAAAUCGUGCCCACCAGCCUCGAUGAUCCUUUGAUUGUCAAUUACGUGCACAAUUUGCGAUGACUUGGCCAAGGAGGCGUGCUCGGGCGAAUCAAUUAACCCCGUGCGGCUGUCAUCCGGACUCUG